AUGCCCGUGAUAUUCCCCUCGCAUGGUGACGCUCUUACUGCGGUCAACGUAAUCCAUGGCGUGGUGUCGUUUGGUAUUAUGCAUUGGGUUAAGGGAUCGCCUGACGACAAUUCGAUGGGCGACUAUCGCGAGCUCACAUUCUACGAGCAGAUCGACCAGGGCCACCCAUGGACAAACACAAAAAAAUUUCUGAUGAUGAUCCCAACCUUCUUGUUUUUGGCUGCCUCGGUCGCUACGGAUUACAACACACGCCACUUACUCGUAAACUUUCCCAUUUGGGCCACGCUAAUUUUGGCCAAGCUACCUGAGCUCGAUCGCGUUCGAAUCUUUGGUAUCAACUCGACAGUUGGUAUUGACGACCACAAGAAAAAUUGA